GAGAAGAGACAGAAGAGGAAGAAGGCUGAAGGGGUAGGGCCUGCUGCUUUCAGUUAAACUACAAAAAAUGUGAAAGAGAGAAGUUUAGAAGAGAGAUAAAAAAGGAAUAGAAUCAAGCAACAUUUGUGAAAGUGGUUCUAGUAGAGCAGACUACAUGAAAUCAUGGCUCCUUGGACAAGGACUACUACAGAGCGGUAUGGUGUAGUUAAGUGGAACUUUGUUGGCAAAGGGGAGAAGCAACUCUCCUUAGAAGUAGGAGACACGGUGCACAUCCAGGAGGUCUGUGAUGGGUGGUACAGAGGAUACCUGACAAGAAACAAAGCCCAAAAGGGAGUUUUUCCUUCAAGUUUUGUCCACCUGAAGGAGGUCAACAUUGAAAAACGAGGAGAUGAGGAAAUUGUGACAUCUGCUGAGAUGCCUUUGGUGAAAGAGGUGACCACCACACUGAGAGAGUGGGGCACCAUAUGGAAGCAGCUGUUUGUGAGUAACAAGCAGGAACGUGUGAAGCAGGUCCAGAGGCUGAUGUGGGAGUUGAUGGAGUGGCGUUCCCAGCUCCUGUCUGGGACUCUGCCCAGUGAUGAAUUUAAGGAGCUCAAGCAAAAAGUUACUUCCAAGAUUGAUUAUGGCAACAAGAUCCUUGAGCUGGACCUGGUUGUUCGAGACGAGGACGGGAACAUCUUGGACCCUGAGCAGGCUAAUGUCAUCAGCCUCUUCAGAGCGCACGAGGAGGCCACAACCAAAAUCAAUGAACGCAUCAAAGAAGAGCAGUCCAAUAUCCAGACAGACCACAGUGGGAUCUCAGCACGAAUUCAGUCGUCUCCCACCCACAGCCUCUAUGUCUUCGUCAGGAACUUUGUGUGUCGCAUUGGAGAAGACUCUGAGCUUUUCAUGUCCCUCUAUGACCCAGUCAAACAAACCAUCAUCAGUGAGAACUACUUGGUUCGCUGGGGCAGCAGUGGUUUUCCAAAAGAGAUUGAGAUGCUGAACAAUCUGAAGGUUGUCUUCACAGACUUGGGGAACAAAGACCUGAGCAGGGAGAAGAUUUAUCUGAUCUGUCAGAUAGUGAGAGUCGGGAGGAUGGACUUGAAAGAAGCAAACAACAAGAAGUGCACUCUGGGCCUCCGCCGGCCUUUUGGGGUGGCAGUGAUGGACAUCAGUGACAUCAUCAAAGGGAAGCAUGAAUGCGAUGAGGAGAAGCAAUUUUUCAUUCCCUUCUACCCGGUAGUGGCUGAAAAUGACUUUCUCCACACCUUGCUGAACAAAGCGACAGCAUUGCGAGGGGACAGUGGCGGCCAAGGAUUAUGGGUGACCAUGAAGGCUCUGGUGGGCGACAUAGUUCAGAUUCGAAAGGAAUACCCCCACCUGGUGGACCGCAGCACGGUGGUAGCACGCAAGCUGGGCUUCCCGGAGAUCAUUAUGCCAGGAGACGUCCGGAACGACAUCUACCUCACCUUGCAGGGUGGUGACUUUGACAAGUACAACAAGACCACACAAAAAAAUGUAGAAGUCAUCAUGUGGGUCUGUGACGAGGAGGGCAAAGUCAUACAGAACUCCAUCUGUCUGGGAGCUGGGGAUAAAGUGGUCAGUGAAUACAGGUCCGUCAUCUACUACCAGAUCAAACAACCCCGCUGGAUGGAGACCGUUAAGGUGACAGUCCCUCUGGAAGAAAUGCACAGAAUUCAUCUGCGUUUCAUGUUCAGACACCGUUCUUCACAGGAGUCCAAGGACAAAAGUGAGAAAAACUUUGCGAUGGCAUUUGUACGUCUGAUGAAAGAAGACGGGACAGUUCUGCAGGACGGACUGCAUGACCUUAUUGUCUUUAAGGGAGACAGCAAGCGCAUGGAGGACGUGAACUCUUACUUGUCCUUGCCCUCGACCCGCUACCAUCACAGUGAUGCCCACAAGGGGGCAGGGCUGAACCGCAGCGCCAGCAGCGUGUCUGGGGGUGGAGGCCUAUCUGUGAGCUCCAGAGACAGCUUUAACAUCUCCACCCUGGUCUGCUCCACUAAACUCACCCAAAAUGUGGGUCUAUUGGGGCUGCUCAAAUGGAGAACCAGGCCUGACAACCUGAAAGAAAACCUGGAGAAACUCAAAAUCAUUGAUGGCGAGGAGGUGGUCAAGUUUCUGCAGGACACUCUCGAUGCCUUGUUCAACAUCAUGAUGGAGCACUCUCAGAACGACGACUAUGACAUCCUUGUGUUUGAUGCCUUGAUUUAUAUCAUCGGUCUGAUAGCUGACAGAAAGUUCCAGCAUUUUAACACUGUUCUGGAAGCCUACAUAAAGCAGCAUUUCAGCGCCACACUGGCCUACAAAAAGCUGAUGUCGGUGUUGAAGCGGUACCUGGAUGUGUCUAGCCGUGGAGAACAAUGCGAGCCCAUACUGCGAACCCUCAAAGCCCUCGAGUACAUCUUUAAGUUCAUUGUUCGAUCACGGAUGCUCUACUCCCAGCUCUACGAGGGGAAGGAGCAGGCUGAGUUUGAGGACUCGCUGAGGAGGCUUUUUGAGUCCAUCAAUAACUUGAUGAAAACUGACUACACCACCACGCUCCUGCUCAGGGUUGCUGCUCUGAAGUACCUGCCAACAGUACUGCAUGAUGUCGAGAAAGUUUUUGAUGCAAAACUCCUCAGCAAACUGCUGCAUGACUUUUACUCCUGCAUCCCACCUGAAAAGCUCCAGAAACAGAAGGUUUCCUCCAUGACUGAAAUCGUCAGCAGCCAGCUGUUCCAGAAACAAGAAUGCCGUGACGUGUUGUUACCCAUGAUGCUGCGGGAGCUGAGCGGUGCACUGGCCAGCAUGGCUGAUGGUCCUCAUGACGAGAGGAGAAACAGUUUGGAGCUUCUCAACAACAUUCUGGAAGUCCUUAGCAGAAAGAAUGCCGGAGAAACGUUUAAACAUAUCCAGGACAUAGUGGUGUCUCUGCUGCGGAUAAUCAACCGAACCGUGAUCACGAUGGGCCGAGAGCACGCCCUGAUUUCAAGAGUUGUUGCCUGCAUGACAGCUAUCCUGAGUCAGAUGGAUGAUCGUCAUUAUGCCACAUACAUAGAAACCUUCACUGGAACUACUGAUCUAGUGGACUUCCUGAUGGAGUCCUUCCUGCUUUUCAAGGACCUGAUUGGGAAACAUGUAUAUCCCUCUGACUGGAUGGCCAUGAUCAUGGUGCAGAACAGGGUGUUCCUUAGAGCCAUCAAUACCUAUGCCGACACAAUGAACCAAAAGUUCCUGAAUAAUGAUGACUUCGAAGUGCAGCUCUGGAAUAACUACUUCCACUUGGCGGUGGCGUUUAUUACUCAAGAGUCUCUGCAGCUUCAGCAUUUCUCUCCAACCAAAAGGAACAAGAUUCUUGUCAAAUAUGGAGAUAUGAGAAGGCUCAUUGGCUUUGCUAUACGUGACAUCUGGUACAAACUUGGAAGUCAUAAGAUCUGUUUUAUCCCUGGUAUGGUGGGUCCAAUCCUGGAGAUGACUUUGAUUCCUGAGGAGGAGCUGAGAAGAGCCACAAUCCCCAUCUUUUUCGACAUGAUCUCCUGCGAGCACGUCCAGUUCGGAAACUUCCAGAAGUUUGAAAACGAGAUAAUCCUGAAGUUGGAUCAUGAGGUGGAAGGUGGAGGAGGAGAUGAACGAUACAUGCAACUUCUAGAAACCAUCUUGUUGGACUGUGCAGCUGAGAAAUCCACUCUGAAGCCACAGGUGCAGCACUUUGUCUCUUUGGUGAAGGGUCUCCUGACUCGUCUCCUUGACUACCGCACCGUGAUGAAUGAUGACAGCCGCAACAACCGCAUGAGCUGCACUGUCAAUCUUCUGAACUUCUACAAGGACAUCAACCGUGAAGGAAUGUACAUCAGGUAUCUGUACAAAUUACGAGACCUUCACCUGGAGGGCGAAAACUACACAGAGGCUGCCUACACCCUUCUGCUGCACUCCCGGCUGCUCAAGUGGUCUGAUGACAUGUGUAGCCCCCAGUUUGAGUUUCAUGGCUCCCAAACACAGCGACAACUCAAAGAAACGCUCUAUGACACCAUCAUUGAUUACUUCGACAAGGGCAAGAUGUGGGAAGAGGCCAUCACUCUGUGCAAGGAGCUAGCAGAGCAGUAUGAAAAUGAGAUCUUUGACUAUGAGCUACUCAGCAAGAGACUGGAAAAACAAGCCAAGUUCUAUGAGAAUAUUAUGAAGAUCCUGAGACCCAAGCCAGACUACUUUGCAGUGGGCUUUUAUGGACAAGGCUACCCUCUCUUCAUCAGGAACAAGGUGUUUAUCCACCGAGGUAAGGAGUAUGAGCGCAGAGAGGAUUUCCAGAACCAGCUGAUGAGCCAGUUUCCCAGCUCUGUGCGCCUUAACACCACCACCACGCCGGGAGAUGACAUCAAGAACUCUCCACUGCAGUAUAUCCAGUGUUUCACUGUGCAGCCAGUUCUGGAGAUCCCUCCUCGCCUGAAAAACAAGCCGGUCCCUGACCAGAUCAUCAACUUCUACAAGUCCAACUAUGUGCAGCGUUUCCAUUAUUCAAGGCCUGUGAGGAAAGGACCUGUGGACCCAAACAAUGAAUUUGUUUCCAUGUGGAUCGAACGCACCACUUUCACCACUGUGUACAAGCUGCCCGGGAUCCUGCGCUGGUUUGAGGCAACAGACAUAAAACAUACUACUUUGUCUCCACUAGAGAAUGCCAUAGAAACCAUGGAGUCCACCAAUGAGAAGAUUCUGACCAUGAUCAACCAGUAUCAGGCUGACUGGAGCCUACCCAUCAACCCACUCUCCAUGUUACUCAAUGGCAUUGUGGAUCCGGCUGUCAUGGGAGGCUUUGCUAAAUACGAAAAGGCAUUCUUUACAGAAGAGUACACUCUGCAGCACCCAGAAGAUCGAGAGAAACUUCUUCGGCUCAAAGACCUCAUCGCAUGGCAGAUACCGUUGCUCGGUGGAGGAAUCUCUCUGCAUGGGAAGAGAGUAACAGACGACCUGCGACCUUUCCAUGAGCGCAUGGAGGACUGUUUCAAACAACUGAAGAAGAAAGUGGAGAAGGAAUAUGGCGUGAGAGAGUUGCCAGAUCUGGACGAGAGAAAGUCAACUCGUCCUCGCUCAAUGCUGCGCUCCUUUCGACAGUCCAUCAUCUCCAUCUCUUCACUGCAGGGAUCUGAAUGUGGAACCCCAACCAAGACUCAUGCAGACAGGGACAUUCCUGAGUCGCCAAACUCCUGGUCCUCCACUCUGCCCCGCUCCAGCGGUAGUGUUAGCGUGAGCAUAGGUGAGGAGGGCGUGGUGACGGUGGGUGACGCAGAGGUCAGACUGAGGAAGAGCAAGAAGAAGAAGAAAAGAAGCAGCAUGAUUUUCAUCUCAGAGGAGAGAGAAAGGACGAGCACGCUGGACUGCAAACGGCUGUCCAAGAAGCAGGAGUUCCGCAGCGACACCAACCUGUGUGAGCCAAACGACGAAAACGUGCCGCUGACCAAUGCCAACUCUCGAUCCCUGCCAGCCAUCACAGGUCUGUCUUUGUCUGUGGCUGGUGGGGGAGAAGAGGUGGACGCAGCCAAAGCCAAGAGGGACAGCAAGAACAUGAAUCCCUCCGGGGCAUCUGACCGAACAGCAGACAGACGGUCAAAGGGCGUCAUCAACCUGCUCUUUAAAUCCAAGAGCUCCAGAUCAGAAGAUCCAAAGCCCAGUGAUCCAACCAAGGACGCUGACAAUCAUUUCUGAAAUGUCCCUUUGAUAAUCUUCUGUUUGCCUUCUUCAUUUAUCUGCACAUAUUUUGCGACCAGGUUUAAAACCUCCUUCCAUAUCCAAAUUUCCACAUCACUCUCAGUCUGUCUGUCACUCCCAGCAUCUCUGUCGCUUAAUCGAAUUGAUUCAAACUAUCAAUAAACGCUUUUUUUUUUUUUUUUUUUUUCAUUGGGAGACUUUUUUUUUUCUGGUAGUUUGAAUGACAUUUCACAGAAGCAAAAUGCCACCUUGCAGCUUUUGAAUCAAUUAAGCUUCUACGAGAACAAGCAAACACAAACCAGCCAUCUGAUGCUGCUGAUUAAAAAUCUUCUUACACAGGUUUCAGCCCAGUGAUGACAGACAGUAAUGAGAAAGUGAUAAUUCAGUAAAGCGUAAAGGGCACCAUGUCCUCACGUAGGACUCCGAGCUGGAAUAAUAUGGCAAACAGCUUUGAUGCACUGAUUCAACAAAUACGGAACGAAAACGUCGACAAACAGUGAGAUUAAUCUGCUGUGCUGUUUCUUUCAUUCUUUUAAAUCCAUUUUACAUUUUUUUGUACGUUUGAGGCACUGUUUGUGAAACAUUUCUUUAAAAUAAAGUCAGACUGUUGUACGUUUUGUGUAAACCAAUUCAAUAUGCUGGGAUGUUGCGUUCACUUGCAAAAAGUCUUCAUACCCCUUGCACUGAUUCCUAUUUUCUCACAUUACAACCACAAAGUUUAAUAUGAAGUUUUUUCUUUCACGUUAAAUUGGGAUUUUAUCUACAAGACCAUCUGGGAAGAGCACGUGUCUGCACAGAGGAACGGAAAGGAUGCAUAAUUAAAGAAAUUUAUCUGUGAAAAAUCUGAAAACUAAGGCAUGCUUUGGCAUUCAGCACUGCUGACGUAAUAUUUUGUAGGAACACAUCUUUACGUGUGUUCCUCCAACAGCAUUGUGCAUAGACGAAUUUUAUUAUAUAUUGUUAUUUGCCCGAUAGCUCAAGCCCAGUCAGAUUAGAUGGAAAGUAGUUGUGGACAUGCAUUUUCAAGUCUGUCACAUAUAGACUGUCAUGUUCCCCUUGCCUGACCUUUCGGUUUGGGUAAUUGGAUAGUUUGGUAUGUUUGUGCUAUACUAUUUCAUUUUCCACUGAUGGAUUAAGUUGUGCUCCGUAAGUUGUUCAAUGAUCAAUAUAUUGUUUUAUAACCCAAUCCUCCUUUACAUCACUCAAUAACUUUAUCCCUGAUCUGUCUAAUGUGUUUGUUUUUUGUUUUUACAAUCACCAUGCUGUUUGCAUUUUAUUUAGCAGUGUCAAGAGUAGAGGGGUGUGUAAAAAAUAGUCAACUACAACAUUUUUAUUAUAAAAUCUCAAUAAAUUCACCAACCAUAGUGGCUAUAACAUUAUGCUUUUACAAAGCCCAUUUAAAAAAAAGCUGAAACCUAAAGUUUUCAUAAUAAAGCACUCACCUCAUCAUCUGCUGGCCUUUCACAGGACUGACCUUAACAAUAAAGUCAGGGAUUUUGUUUUCAUUUACUUAAGCGUUCUGCCCAGAGGCGAGUAUGGUGUCCCUCUUUUUUUUGGUGCUAAAUCUGAAGCUUGAAAACGUUGCUGUGUAAGGUUGUUUGUAGAUUUGUAAUUUGUUUCUGUGCUUGUAGAUACCACUCCGGGGUUACAGUGAAUAAUUUACUCUGUGAACAGGACCAUUAAAAAUGAAAGAGCAGCCCAAGAUAAGGCCAGCCAGCAAGGACGAUGUUGGUGAACCACACCACGUCUGAAGAGCUAUUUUGGGCCAAAAGAAAAAAAAUAAAAAUAAAUAAAAAUAACAAGCAGCUCAGUGGGUGGUGAGCAGAUUUAUUCCUUUAUCCUUUCAAAGAAAAAAACAAUCUGGGAGACACCCGAUGGCCCAUAGGUCGGUUGUGCAGCUUAAAGUUUGGUACCUGUGGGUUGCUCCUGGCUUACUUUAAAUCCGCACAGCUAAACCACUCAAAGCCCUGACAGAUAGUGCGCAAAUGGAGUGGGAAGGUUAUUGGCUCUCAUCCUGCCUUCUUAAUUGAAUUUAGUGACAUUUUAAUGAAGACAUUUUUGCUCAAUUGUUGAAAGGCGCAGACAGACAGCCGCAUUAGAUGAAUAUAAAUUAGUAGUUUGCAUAUUCAGACAGGAAGCUGAUACCUCCCCUGCUCUGGUAAAGUGACAUUAAGUGAGAAAAUAUAAUUUCAGAUUAGGCUGUUUUAAUGACGCAUGGAUUGGAUGGGUAUCUCACAUUUGCCCUCUGGAGGUUUUAUUUCCUCACUCUCUUUUGGCUCUGUACUUGUACAUGUAGUCAGGAGGUGAUUAAGAGCAGUCGAAGUAUGGCUUCCCUACAUUAUUAAUGCUACCAUUAGUUGCUUUCACACUGACCACAAGGCUUCCCAGCAGCCAAUUUAAAGUUGCACAGUAGCCAUUUAAAAGUCUUGCAAAGUCCUGCCCUGUGUCUCUCUAGUCUGGAACAUGGAGUUUUUUUGAUUAAACCACGACACCAGUCAGUGAUUUCACUGCCAAAGACAUACAUCUUACAAAAAGGAUGGAUUGAGUGGCUGGCAAAGUGGAAAGAAAUGCAGAUUAUUCUCAUAGGAAAUAAUGGUGGUGCAUUGCUUGAGUGAUUGUGACUGAUCACCAAUGAAAUUGUUCUGAGUCAUCUGUGAAUUCAUGAAAAAACAGCAUACAUAUAUAUAUAUAUAUAUAUAUAUAUAUAUAUAUAUAGUAUGUAAAACCAAAUUUCAUGACAACAUGAAUAACAGCCUUUAAAUGCAAGUAACAAUUUUUGUUGGCAGGAGAUUUUUCAGAUAGCUAAUCCAUCAUAUAUGCUGUGUUAUAAAUGCUGCCUCUGUUUGACAGGAAGGAAAUUAUUUCCUCCUGGCUCAUGGUUUAUAUUUACAAAAUGUUUUUGAUGCUGUAAUUAAUAAAUGUCAUAUUAUGGAUGGACAGGACUGCACAGUGGCACAGUUGCUAGCACUGCUGCUUUGUGGCAGAAUAUG